AUGCCGUUCCCGUUGCUGGAUGGUGUGGUAUUCGAAAAGAACUCUGAUGAGAUCCAGAGCGCAUUCAAGUUCGCGAUGGUGCAAUACGCUAACGCGAACCGGAGCAAACUGGACUUCAGCCUCUACGUGGACAUCAUCAACACGGCUGACGCAUUCAAACUCUCCCGACUGAUCUGCAACCAAGUGACUCGCGGCGUGGUGUCCAUGCUGGGCGCCGUGACACCGGACUCGUUUGACACGCUACACUCCUACACCAACACCUUCCAGAUACCGUUUGUGACGCCGUGGUUUCCGGAGAAGGUUUUGCCACCAACUUCUGGACUAGUGGACCACGCUGUGAGCCUCCGCCCUGACUACCACCAAGCCGUGAUUGAUACUGUCACCUUCUACGGAUGGAAGACAGCUAUCUACAUCUACGACUCUCAUGAUGGACUUCUACGUCUGCAACAACUGUUCCUGAGCCUGCAACCAGCCAACGCGACCUUCCGCAUCACCAACGUGAAGCGCGUGUCCAACGCGACCGAGGUCGUGGAUUUCCUCUCGUCCCUGGAGCGUCAGGACCGCUGGAGCAACAAAUACGUGAUCCUGGACUCGAGCACUCGUCUGGCCAAAGACGCCUUGAUUCUUCACGUCCGUGACGUGUACCUUGGACGCCGCAACUACCAUUACUUCUUGAGUGGACUGGUGAUGGAUGACCGUUGGGAGCGUGACGUCAUGGAGUUUGGGGCUAUCAACGUGACUGGAUUCCGAGUGCUGGACUACUCACGGAAGGUGGUAAAAGACUUCAUAGACAUGUGGAGACGGGAAGGGAUCUCGGCGCAAGCGGCUCUCAUGUACGACACAGUGCAAGUGCUCAUUGACUCCAUCCUGCGUCUGUUCCGUAAGAAACCUGACCUGCUCCGCGUCAUCGCCCGUCGCAAUUCCCUCCUGAACACCACCAAGACCGUGGACUGCAACCCGCAGAACCGUGACCUGCUGCCGUUCGACCUUGGCGAGAAGUUGUCGCGGACUAUCAAGCGGACGGAGAUAGAUGGCCUGACCGGACUCAUACGCUUUAGCCAGGAGGGCCAUCGACACAACUUCACGCUCCAAGUUAUGGAGAUGACUUCUGAAGGAGACAUUGUCAAGGUUGGUACCUGGUAUGACAGCGUUGGCCUGAUCCCGAUUUCUGAGCCGAAGCCCCCGUCGAAAUACAUCAACUACUAUAACCGCUCCAAGACCUAUGUGGUUUCCACGAUUGAGGAGAUGCCGUUUGUGAUCAAGGACCCCCUGAGCGCUAACCUGUCUGGUUUCUGUGUGGACCUGACGAGACUGCUGUUGGAUAAAAUGGAGAUUACUUUUGAGAUCAAAUUCGUGGUCGACGGUAAAUACGGAAAAGAGAACCCACAAGCUGCUGGUGGCUGGGACGGCAUGGUUGGGGAAUUGGUGCGGCAGGAGGUGGACUUGGUGAUAGCCCCACUCACGAUGACAGUCAGUCGGGAGGCAGUAGUGGACUUCAGCAAGCCGUUCCUGUCUUUUAGCGAGCCACAUGACCCUGAUGAGAACCCGGAUCUGAUCACCAUGUUCAGCUUCUUCCGACCACUGUCCUUGGAGGUUUGGCUACUCGUGCUAUGCAGCGUUUUCGUCGUGGGUUUAUGUCUUUACCUCGUGUCACGUUUCUCGCCGCACGAGUGGCGGCUCAUGUCGACCACUACCAACCAGAAUUUAGAGGAGGCCGACGAUAACCGGACCACGCUCGUGAACGAAUUCAGCUUUUGGAACUCCAUUUGGUUCUCUUUGGGAUCUUUUAUGCAGCAAGGUAGUGACAUGGCGCCCAGAUCCAUCUCCGGUCGGAUCAUCAGCACUGUCUGGUGGUUCUUCGCUUUCGUUCUGGUCUCAACUUACACCGCCAACCUGACUUCGUACUUGACCGUCAAUCGCAUCAACGAGCCACUGCGACUAUAUACCAAGAUCACCACUUGCCCUGAUGACAUUUAUCACGGUGCUGGCUGGUUCUCCUUCUUCGUUGACUCGAAUCAGGCUGAAACCAACAAGUCCAAGAAACCCUGCCAUAUGCUCGUAUCUGCUACCCAUGCUGGAGUAAGGGAUUUCGCUGUAGCCUUCCCGAAAGGAUCGAAGCUGAGGGAUGGAGUUAAUUUAGCCCUGCAGCAUCUGAAGAACGAGGGACAACUUCAGAGUCUGGUUCGCCGUUGGUUUCUUGAUCCACAAUGUGCCAAUGACAUCGAUUUGUGUGGUCUGCAAGGCAAACAAUUGACGCUGAACCAAAUGGCCGGACUCUUCUACAUUCUGAUCGGAGGUUUGGGAGUUUCCCUAGCAACCGCUAUCCUGGAAUUCAUCCAGCAUGGAAGGGCUGAGGCGCAAAGAGCAAAUAUAUCACUGAGACAGGCCUUGAGGGCCCGACCUGGCAUGAACUUGAGGAAUAAAGAUUUGACACCCCAACGCACACCGCAACGUGAGCAAGGAAGGCUGGAAUGGAAUGGUGGAGCUUACUCUGAGUAUUACGCGUCAGACAACCAAAGCCUCCAGGAGGAGACGGAGAUGGGCGGUAGUUUCUCACAAGUCUGAUCCUCAGCACGGGACGUUGGCGCCCGCCACUCGUCCCUCACUCGGCGGCGAUCCAGCAGC